AUGGAGGCGGAGGCAGCGAGUGGUAGCGCCGGCGGGUGGUCGAAGGUGGGAACAUCGCUUCCCGUGACGAGCGUGCAGGCUCUGGUGGCGUCCGCCGGCGAGCUGACGGUGGACAAGAUCGGACGGUAUAUCCAGCCGGACAUCGACGCACAUGCCGUUCUCCCUGAGCUGUCCGACGAGGUUCCGGUGAUCGAUCUCAGCAAGCUCUUGAGCGCCGAGUCCGCUGAAGCAGAGAUCGCCAAGCUCAGAUUUGCCUGCGCGGAGUGGGGCUUCUUUCAGGUUGUAAAUCAUGGAAUACCGGAUGAAGUCAUAAUGGGUAUAAAGCAGGACAUUCAAAAUUUCUUUCGACUCCCCCUCGAAGUUAAGAAUGAAUACGCUCAACGCCUAGGGGAUCUUCAAGGGUAUGGCCAAGUGUUUGUUGUCUCUGAUGAUCAAAAGCUAGAAUGGGGUGACAGGUUUGCCCUCUUCAUUGAACCACCCCAAGCUCGUGAUAUGAGCUACUGGCCAAGUCAACCUCAUACUUUCAGGAAUUGUAUUGAACAGUACUCUUCAGAGGUGAUGAAAUUCACGCGUUCUCUUGCCAUCUUGAUUGCAAAAACACUAGAUGUUGAUCCGGAAUUGGUGGGAGACAAACAUGCGUCUCAAUUUCUCAGGAUGAACUACUACCCUCCAUGCACGUCAACCCCAGAAAAGGUUCUAGGCUUGUCACCGCAUUCCGAUGGAUCUUUUCUAACUAUUCUGCUAGAAGUUAAUUCAGUUCAAGGCUUACAAAUUAGAAGGCAUGGUGCAUGGAUUCCCGUGAAACCACAUUGUGAUGCACUAUUGGUGAAUGUGGGCGACCUUCUUGAGAUUAUGACAAAUGGGAAGUACAAGAGCAUUGAGCACAGGGUCACCAUCAAUCCCCACAAGGAGCGACUAUCCAUAUCAGCAUUUCAAAUCCCAAACUAUGAUGGAAUUAUUUCACCAAUGUUGGAAACUGCAGAACAGAAGAUAUUAUACAAGACAAUGAAAAUAUACAUGUGA